AUGGCGAUUGCCGACCUCUUUGGCCUCGGGAACGAGAGCAAGCUCGCCAAAGCGGCUGGCCACGGCGAUGCCGCCACGGUCUCUGCGCUGCUCAAGCAAGGCGUGAGUCCCAACGCCACCAAGCUCGGCUACCCCGCGCUUUUCAACGCCGCGUGGGGCAACAGCAUCGCGAUCGUGGAGAUGCUCAUCGAGGCCGGCGCCAACGUCAACCAGCGCGCCUGGUUUGGCACGACGCCACUUCUCGUCGCGACGGGCAAAGGCCACGCACGCAUCGUCCACAUUCUUAUUGCAGCCAACGCCUUUCUCAACAAGCGCGACAAGUGGGGCGGCACAGCACUCUUCCUCGCGGCCGAGCGUGGCAGCCUUGAGUUGACGUCGCUGCUCAUUGCUGCCAAUGCCAACCUCAACAAAGCCGACCACUAUGGCCGGUCACCGACGUUGAUCGCGGCGCAGCAUGGACACGCAGACGUCGUCGACGCCCUCGUCAACGCCCACGCCGACUACGACAAGCCCAAUCAUCACGGCGAGUCGCCACUCAUGGUGGCCGCCCUGGCCAACCACAUCGACACGCUGGUGCUCUUGCUCAACGCGGGCGCGGACGUCAACCAAUGCAACCGGCACGGCGAGUCGAUUCUGCUGCAAGCGGCGGGGAGAGGCCACGUCGUGGUCGUCGACCUCCUGCUGCGCGUCGGUGCCGCCAUCGACACGCGCAGUCUCAACGGCAGCUCAGCGCUCUUGGUGGCGAUCGCGGAGGGGCAUGUCGACGUCGUCCACCUCCUCGUGGACGCCGGAGCCGACGUCAACCAGUGCGACCAGAACGGCAUGUCGCCGCUGCUGCUGGCCACGUACCAUGGGCAGCUCGAGGUCGCCCUCGCCCUCAUCAACGCCAGUGCCGACCCGCACAUGACCAACAACUUGGGCUCGUUUCCGCUGCUGGCCGCCGUUUCCCAGGGCCACCAAGGGCUUGUGGACCUCUUCAUACAUUCGUCCGUCAACGUCAACCAAGCCACAACAGCAGGACACACCCCGCUUAUGCGCGCUGCUGACCUUGGCCACCUCUCGAUCGUGCAACUGCUCAUUGCCGCCAACGCCGACACCAACUUGGAGAGCCUUACGGGCGACACGGCGCUCAUUUUUGCGGCAUUUCGAGGCCAAUUUGAAAUGGCCCAACACCUCGUGGCGGCCCAAGCCAACAUCAACCACUGCAACAAGGCGGGUGUGUCGGCCGUGAGCCUCGCGGCCGCCGGUGGCCACGUCAACAUCGUCCACUUGCUCAUCGCAGCGAACGCUGAUAUCAACAAGUGCGACUGCAGGGGCGAGACACCGAUCUUCAAGGCCGCAAGGAAUGGCCACGCGCAGGUGGUGGAGCUGCUGCUUCUGGCUGGUGCCCAGAUCCACCAGCCGGACGAGGUGAAUCCGCUGGCCGUGGCGCGGCGACGGGGCCACCGUCACAUUGAACAGCUACUGGAAGUGACGCCGAUGGCAAUUCCUCUCGUGUCGAUCUCAGUGCCGACCGAGUCGACGCCGCUUGCCGUCUAA